AUGCAGUCUUCUCAAGGUGGCGAAGAGCGCGACUCACAAUUCACAAAUGAUGUCAUCGCCAUUGCGCUUCUGGAGACUAGAGAAUCAUGCGCGUGGAGGUUCAGUUCACAUGAAGCUAAACCAGGAGUUUUAUUCACUCACUCUGAGACACGGACCAAGGAGUUUUGGUUGAAAGGAUUCGUUGCAUUAUCUUGCAUAGUAAUAGAACCUUCAUAUCCCGAUCUUCCCCCUUUACCUAGUUACUAUCCUCCCUUUCUGUUCCAUUUCUGUUACGGUGAGGAGUUCACAUCUGCUGAGAUGGAAGAUGAGCGCUUUAUCUUUGCUUUCCGAGAAUUGUUUCCUGGAUGUGCUGGAGGUGCAUCUGGCUCUGUACGAAUUCCGAAUAGACAUCCUCGUUCAUCACUAUCCUGCAUACUGUUUUGA